CAUGUCAUGCUCUGGUCAUCCACAUUGUUUUAUGGAUAACUGUCUGCAUAGAUAUAAUUCUCCAAAGAGCUAAGUAGUAUUAUUUUACAAAAAUCUAUAAGUAAAUAUAUUUAUUUUAUAUAUACGUGUACAUAAACGACUACUAUAAUACCAGCAAUACUUAUAAUUAAUUAUGGUGUGUAACAUAACCAAAGCAUUUGUUGACGUGGUAUUACCGGUGCUUUUUAAAACAAAAUUGCAUCAGAUACCUAUACGUCAUUUUCACACGAAUGAAUUAAAAAGACGUUUGAAAGCAGAACAAAAAUUAAAGGAAAAGGCAGAAAAAGAAGCUGAGACAUCAACAAAAGCCCAAGCUAAAGCACAAGAGAAAAACGAAGUGAAAGAGGAGGAUAUUAGUCCAAAUGAAUACAUUAAACUUCGGACACAAGCAAUCACUCAUCUUAAAAACACAAAUGAUGUUCCAUAUCCUCAUAAGUUUCAUGUAUCAAUAUCAUUGGAAAAUUUCAUCAAGAAAUUUAGCAAUAACAUAAACAAUGGAGAACUCCUACAGAAUGAAGUACAUAGCAUUGCUGGUCGUGUGCAUGCCAUUAGAGAAUCUGGUGCUAAACUUAUCUUUUAUGACCUCAGAGGAGAAGGUGUUAAAAUUCAAGUAAUGGCAAAUGCAAGACAUUAUAAAAAUGAAGAAAAAUUUACCACUGACAUUUCUAAAAUAAGAAGGGGUGAUAUUAUUGGUGUAAUUGGAAAUCCUGGAAAAACUAAGAAGGGUGAAUUUUCUAUUAUGCCACAUAAUAUUACACUUUUGAGUCCCUGUUUACAUAUGUUGCCAAAUCUUUAUUUUGGAUUGAAAGAUAAGGAAACAAGAUUUCGCCAACGUUAUUUGGAUCUCAUAUUAAAUGAUAAAGUGAGAAAAACGUUCCACACCCGAUCAAAAAUAGUCGCAUACGUUCGUAAAUUUCUUGACGAACUUGGAUUUUUAGAAGUUGAAACACCAAUGAUGAAUAUGAUUGCUGGUGGUGCAACAGCCAAACCUUUUGUUACACAUCACAAUGAAUUAAAUAUGGACUUGUAUAUGCGUAUUGCUCCAGAAUUGUAUCUUAAAAUGUUAGUUGUAGGUGGAUUGGACAGAGUAUAUGAAAUUGGAAGACAAUUUAGAAAUGAAGGAAUAGAUCUGACACAUAAUCCAGAAUUCACUACUUGUGAAUUUUAUAUGGCCUAUGCAGAUUAUAACGACUUGAUGUCUAUCACAGAAGAUAUGGUAUCAGGCAUGGUGAAGGCAAUACAUGGUAGUUAUAAAAUAACAUACCAUCCAGAUGGGCCAGAGGGCGAAGCGGUAGAAAUUGAUUUUAGUCCACCAUUUAAACGUGUUUCAAUGAUGAAAACUUUAGAAGAACUCUUAAAAGUUAAGUUACCUCCAGCAGAUAAAUUAAAUACUCUAGAAGCAAAUGAAAUGCUUAAUGAUCUUUGUACCAAACAUGAAAUUGAGUGCCCUUCACCAAGAACAACAGCAAGAUUACUAGAUAAGCUUGUUGGAGAAUUUAUAGAAGAAACUUGUAUCAAUCCUACAUUCAUUUUGGAUCAUCCACAAAUCAUGUCCCCAUUAGCAAAAUGGCAUCGUUCUGAGCAGGGCUUAACAGAACGAUUUGAAUUAUUUAUUAUGAAAAAAGAAGUUUGCAAUGCGUACACAGAAUUAAACGACCCUAUAGUACAAAGGGAAAGAUUUGAACAACAAGCAAAGGAUAAGGCAGCCGGAGAUGACGAAGCACAAUUAAUUGACGAAAACUUCUGUACUGCAUUAGAAUAUGGUUUACCACCAACUGCUGGCUGGGGAAUGGGUAUUGAUCGUGUUACUAUGUUUCUCACAGAUUCAAAUAACAUUAAAGAAGUAUUACUAUUUCCACAAAUGAAACCGGAUGAUCCAAAUAAAAAUCAAUGUGUAACUGAAGAUAAUAAAACGUCAAAUGAUAGUGCAAAUGAUGUGGAAAAGUGA